AUGAAGGCAAAACACCAUAACGACACGGGCUUGCUCGAGGUACUACCCGUGGUGCGCGAGGAGCUAGAUGAAGUUGAGGAGAGUUUCAUUGACGAUCUUACUUACCUGACUGCUGCCGAGAGAGAUCGGAUGGCGGGGAAGGACGUGGACGAGGACGAAGGCAAGGAAAAGGAAAAGGAAGAGGAUAAGGAGACAGACGAGGACGAGAGAAACAAGGAGCAGGACGAGGAGAAGGCUGACGUUAAAGCUGUGUGA